AUGCCCAUUCCAAAUGAGGACAAGUGGAAAAGUUUGGCGAAAAGAUUUGGAGAUUUGUGGGAUUAUCCAUUUGCUAUAGGCAGUCUUGAUGGUAAACACGUGGCAUUGGUUAACCCGAUGAACAGCGAAUCACUUUUCUACAAUUACAAAGGGUAUCCCAGUAUUGUGCUUUUGGCACUCAGUGAUGCUGAUUCGUGUUUUACAUUAGUAGACUGUGGACAGUACGGACGAGUGAGUGAUGCAGGUGUAUUCCAGGCCUCAAGAAUAAGCCAGCUUCUUGACCAGGAGAGGUUGAACAUACCGGAUGAGUCUUUCAUGGUCAGUACCACAGAGAAACGGAUACCGUUUCAGGUUGUUGGAGAUGAAGCCUUUCCAUUGAAAAAAAAACCUCAUGAAGCCAUAUGCAGCCAGAACGCUUGA